CUUACCAUCAAAUCCUUUGCAACUUGGUGACUACAAUCUUGUUCACGACAAUCUUGCGCUAUUUUUCUUAACUCUAUCAUAUUUUCUUUCUCUUAAAUAAAUGACAGGAACAAUUAAACCCAUAAACAGUAUCAACACUUGAUCACUGUAUUACAAAGGAUUAUUAUAGCUCUGCUCUCGUCACUUAAAGACGUUAUAAUUGUAAUUUUCAACAAACACUGUUACUGACUGCUACAAUUCUUCAAACCAAAGCAGUGCUUGGUCAAUAUGUGAGGACAGAUAGUAUUUGUAUUUAAAAAGCUUAAAUCUAUCACAAUCUAUCGCCGUCUACAGCUACAGUGAUAAAGCCAGAUUAAUACUAAUUAAUAAUCAUAAAAUUCUUGGGUUUUUUGUAAUCUCUUCGACACCUCUUUAUAAAUUAAAUAGGUCGUGUGAUAAAUUAUUUAAAUUUCAUAGAUACUUUGGUUAUUUUUCCGGGUGUAAGGGCUUGUUUCUGUAACUUCACGAUGACAUUGUUACCUUCAAGAUCUCGUUAAGGACCAGGAUCAGGCUAUCCUCAAAAGAAGGUUCAUGCUGACAAGAAACAAAAGUUUCUUUAUCAGAAUUCAUGGCUGCGGUACCCUAAAAACUGAAUGAAGUUGAAAUAUUAUCAUUAUCAGGGAUGGGUAAAACCCGAUGCUUCUUCUAAUGACAAAUUAGCCUAAUAUAAAUAAUGUGAUAAUGGUCCACCAACAGUUAUUUGAGGUCAAAAUGGUGCAGUGGUUGGUUAUAGCUCUUGCCCUAUUCGCAGGUACCGCCUCCGCGGCAUCGACUGCUUCCCGUAUUGUCGGCGGACAACCUACGUCCAUCGAGCAAUACCCAUCCAUCGUGCAGGUGGAGUUUCUGGGUGUCUUCACCAACACCUGGAGCCAGUCCUGUGCUGCCAACAUCAUUAACAAUUUUUACGUGCUGUCCGCAGCUCACUGCUUCGCUGGCAUAUUUUACGACCGCUCCCGUAGACGCAUACGAGGUGGUUCGAGCUUCCGCAACAUUGGCGGCGAAGUGAUCGGUAUCGUGCGAGAGUUCAAUCACCCCGACUACAACAUCAUCCCUGGCGAUGCUGACAUCAACGUCGUCCGCUUGAGCGCGCCCAUCAUCUAUAACCCAGUGAUGCAGCGAGCGAUGAUUGUGCCUCAAGACUAUGAGAUUCCUGACAAUAUGCCCGUUGUUCAUGCUGGUUGGGGCGCUAUUGAGUGGCAAGGUCCACUAUCAUUUCAGCUGCAAGAUGUGACCAUCUACACCGUGAACCGCCAGAUCUGCGCCGAGAGGUAUCUAACCCUCGAUCCCCCUCGCCAAAUCACGGAGAACAUGAUCUGCGCUGGUAUCUUGGACGUGGGAGGCAAGGAUGCUUGCCAGGCUGACUCUGGCGGACCAAUGUACCUCGGCGAUAUCAUAGUUGGUGUUGUCGCGUGGGGACACCGGUGUGCCAACGACACCUUCCCUGGAGUCAGCACUGCUGUUGGACCCUACUCUGACUGGAUCGUCGCUACUGCUGUUUAAGAUUGUAUUUAAAAGUAAAUAAAGUCUACGUUGUA